CUGGCAAAGCGCUUAUUGACGAUCUAUUGAUGUUCUGUUGGCGUUCUAUUGACGUUCUGUUGACGUUCCUGCUGCCGCAUUGUUCCUCAUUGUUCAUAAAAAGGUUUGCGCCCGCCCCGCGGAGCUGAAGCCCAAACCGCCAUGACGCCGCUCGGGACUCUGGCUCUGCUGGCGCUGAUCGGAGUCGGCGGCGCUCAGACCGACUGCUCGUACCUCGGCCUCCUGACGCACCUGAACCUGACCACGGCGGGGAACGCCUUGCAGACCGCCGUGCGGCCCGUGAGGAACUGGACCACCACUACCCAGGUCAAGCUGGAUCUGAUUCUGUACGGCAUCUUAGGAGUGGAUGAGAAGUCUCAAACAGUCACGACUCACGUCUGGAUUCAGAUGCUCUGGACCAAUGAGUUCCUCACCUGGACGCCGUCCGGCUUCUGUGGGAUCAACCACGUGCUCGUCCCCCGGUCCGGCGUGUGGCUGCCGGACGUGGUCAUCGCCGAGGAUGCCUCUGACUCUGGGAGCAUCUUCAACAGCCCGGUGGUCCGUGUGUCCUCUCGCGGCAAGAUGGUGACGACCAUGCGGCAGCGCCUCACCUCCACCUGUCUGUUCGUCCUCUACCUGUUCCCCUUUGACAUGCAGCACUGCAACAUCACCUUCACCACCAUGACCUCAGGCGUGAAUAGCAUCAGUCUGGGGACGUGCUCCAGCGAGGAGCUCCUCACUCGCUCCUCUGAGUCGCACAUGGUGACGAGGGGCGAGUGGCAGCUGGAGACGAUUAACAUCACCCACGUCGCUGGGAACUGGACCACCGGGUUACGCGAACGCCUCGUCUACACCAUCACCAUCUCCAGGAAGCCGAUGCUCUACGUGAUCAUCUUCAUCGUGCCGCUGUUCUACUUCGUGCUGCUGGACGUGGCGUCCUUCUUCAUCAAUGAGGCGCGCGGCGAGAAGCUGAGCUUCAAGGUGACGGUGCUGCUGUCCAUCUCCGUCCUGCUGCUCAUCCUCAAGGACCUGCUGCCCUCCACCGAGGACGGGCUGCCCAUGAUCGCCAUCUACUGCUGUGUGAUCUUCGUCCUGGUGGGGCUCAGCCUGCUAGAGGCCAUGCUGGUCAGCUUCCUCAUCGACCUGGACAGCUUCUGCAAGAACCCUGAAGCUCCGGAGGGGGAGGCCGUCCAGCUGGAGGCCGACCGCCCCGACGCUACGGAGCUCCAUGGAGCCGGAGGGACUCCAGAGAAAAGCUCCCCUCCUCUGAGUCGCCCAGGCGACCUGCUGGAGCUCAUCCUGCAGGAAGUGAAGAAGGUGGGACAGGAAGCCAGGGGGCGGGACAAAGGCGAGAAGCGGCCCGGUCGCUACAGGCGACUGGCGGAAAUCAUCGACUGUGUGUUCUUUUUCAUCUACCUUUUAUGUAUCUGUAGUUUCCUGAUGUACAUGCUCCUGAGGUGGGUUUCACAGAUAUGGUGAAUCCAUUGUUUCUUUUUAAAUGACUAAAUAUCACUUUUCUCACAGCUAAUUGUUUGGUUCUUCUUCACUUUCAAGCCUUUAAUCAUUUAAUACUUAUUUUACUUUUAAAGUGCAUAUUUACAGAUGUAAACUCUCACAACCUGCUUACAAAGUACAGUUUAUGACAAUGCUUGUAUGUAUAUUGUGUUACAAAGUGGUCCAGAAAUAAAGAUAAUUUGUGUUUUA